UGAAAAAGAACCAAAAACAGAUCCCAAUAUAUCCAACCAAUCACAGCGGCACAUCUCGAAAAUGUAACAUGGCUAAAUUAAAUCUUCACCGUUAAAUUUAAAAACAUCCAACACAUCAAAACACAUCUGUAAACUCGCAUGGACCAUAUUAAUCGUCUCAUGCCCAUCAUUUCCGCCAUAAAAGCUUACCUUUUUCCGCAAUUAGCUACACACAAAUUCGCACUAGUAGAAUCUACACAAUAACACAAACACACUAUAAUCCACUUCAAUGCCGUCAUCUAUCCGGUGGUGGUGGCCGAUCCAUUUCACUUCACCUGGAUCUGCACCGAGGUGGCUGAGUUGGCGUCGACCGGAGCUGAGUUUAUUGUCUGUGGUGUUCGACGACGUUGUCUGGAAAGUAGUGACUGCGUUCGAGUCAGUGGCGUUGGUCUCCAUGCUCUGUUUCUUCUUCCUCUUCUGUGGCUGCACCGUCUAGUUUUUUUUUUCACAUAAUCUCGUUAAGUGUUUUUUUUGUGAACAGUUUUAAUCGCUUUGGAUUGGUUUUUCCUUCUUGUUCCAAUUUUAGCUGCGCCACCGUGACGCAAUGGCGGAGAAAUUUAUGUUAGUGUUUUUCAACAGAGGCGCGUGAUGCUCACUCGAGAGUUGUGAUCAUUUGUGUUUUAGUUUUGGUUUCUUUUAAAACAAUGAUUAUGUUAUGUUGGGAAGAUUUUAGGUUCGAAAAAUCAUAUACCUCGCUGUUUUGUU